UUACCCUGACUCUUUUAGACCCCAUGCGGCCGCCGUAGGGCGGGGUGGCAAGAUGGCGGCUCCCGUGCUGGCUGGUGCGGUGAGAGUAGCAUCAGGAAUCUUACGGCCCCUGACUGUUUUGGCGUCUUCAGCCUUUCGACACGGUGCCAAGAAUGCCUGUUUCAGUUCUGCACUGUCCCCCCGACAUCUUUGUCAUAUUCAGACUCCAGUUGUUUCCUCUGCGCCCAGACUUACGACAUGUGUCAGAAACCUGGCAUGGGGGCACACUGGAACAAUCCUCAAUAGAGUGGCCCCCCUGCUUCCAGAUGUCCUGAAGCUACCGGUCAGAACUGUAACAUACUACAGUGCACGAAAAGGCAAGAGAAAGACUGUGAAAGCUGUCAUCUACAGGUUUCUCCGACUCCAUUCUGGCCUUUGGCUGAGGAGGAAGGCUGGUUAUAAGAAAAAAUUAUGGAAGAAGACGGCUGCAAGGAAAAAGCGCCUGAGGGAAUUUGUGUUCUGCAAUAAAACCCAGAGCAAACUCCUAGAUAAGAUGACGACAUCCUUCUGGAAGAGGCGAAACUGGUAUGCUGACGACCCUUACCAGAAGUACCAUGACCGAACGAACCUGAAAGUGUAGGUCAGAAGGGCUGCGAUUCCCGUUACUGGGUAUGCAUCUUUGGGUAUAUGAUGUCUUUGCAAAAAUGAAUGUAAGAGUUGAUGUACUAACUGAUAUGAAAACAUAUAUAUAGAACCAACAUUAAACUUAUCAGUUUUAAAAUGUAA